UUCUGUGUUGACAUGACUGAUGGCUACAUAUAUUGCCACACUCACCACAGGACAAAGACAUUUUAUCUUUCACUUUGUUCCAUUACAACAUCAAAACAGCCAUGGGAGCAAAAAACUCCAAAUCCCAACCUCCAAUUCUCAGCCAACCAUGGAGAAAAAUAAACUGGGACAGAGACAAACAGACUGAUCUACAGUUUGUGAAGCACUACAAUCCUCAGACUGAAGGUCAGCAGCUCAGAAUUCUUCUUCAUGGGCCGGUUGGAGCUGGAAAGUCCAGUUUCAUCAACUCGGUCCAAAGCGUGUUACAAGGAAGAAUGUACAUACAGGCUUUGGCAGAUAACAUCUCUCAUGAGUCUUUCACUAAAAAGUACACAACCUACAAGAUCCAAAAAGAAAGCCCCAACACCUUUUAUCCUUUUGUCUUCAACGACAUCAUGGGUCUGGGUCCAAACAAAGAUGUCCUUGUGGAUGAUGUCAAACUGGCUCUGAAGGGACACAUAAAGGAUGGUUAUCUGUUCAAUCCUGUGUCUAAGAUAUCAGAGGAUCACAUGUUCUACAAAAAAUCCCCAGAUUUGAACGACAAAGUGCAUGUUCUGGUUCUUGUCAUUUGUGCUGACACAUUACCUGUAUUAACAGACGAAAUUGUGCUUAAAGUUAAGGAGAUCAGAGCAGCAGCCAGUGACCUGGGGAUUCCUCAAAUCGCCAUUCUCACCAAAAUUGACCGAACCUGUCCUGAAAUAAAACAAGACUUAAAGAAUGUCUACAAGCUUGAGUUCACAAAGAAAGAGAUGGAGAAGCUCAGUGCAGAAGUGGGGAUUCCAAUGAACUGCAUCUUCCCUGUGAAGAACUAUCAUGAAGAAAUCGAUGUUGAUAAUGACACUGAUGCACUGCUCCUGAGCUCGCUGAGAAAUAUCAUCACCUGCGGAGAUGACCACAUCAACUUCAAGAAUCAGCAAGCAUCUUCAGACAGAUAUGCUUGAUAAAGCAUAAAAAGAGUGUAUUUCACAAUGUCAGAAAAAUAAUCUGAGACAUUGACCAGCAUGAUUUCUAACUAACUCUUUAAUGUGAUUUAAUUACUUGAUUACUUUUUUUAUACAUACGUUUCAGCUUAAAGCUCCUGAAAACCUGCACUUUAAUUUCUUUGUACUCUUCAGUAACAUUAAAUAUUCACACAGCAAUUAACAUUAAACAAAACACCUUAAGGUAUUAUUUACUUUAAUCAGAUAUUAUAUUAUUAAUUGGCAUAUCACCUUCUUCUGAGUUCUGCCCACUUCCAAUUAGAGAAAAAAAAAAAGAAAAUUUGUAAGUAAGAUUGCAUCACUUACAACAUGGACACAUGUUUUCAGGACCUUUAAUUUGCUUUUUGAAUUGCUGAAUGAGUUUUAUAUUACUUUUUUUACAUUUACAAAGAUAACAAAUCUUUGAAGCUGCAGCCAUAAAAUCAUGGAGUUUUGUGAUAUGUUUUUUUGAACCUUAAGCACAAUGUGACUAUUAUUACCAUUAAAUGUAUUUCUGCUUUUGAAGAGUCAUGUUCCACUUGUGACAUGUAAAGUGACAUCUAGGUCAACAAACCAUUUUUUUCUAAAACUGUCAAUUUAUUUUCCAGUUUUCAUUUAGUACAAAAACAAAGCAACAGACACCUAAUACUUAUUAAGGAUUUUGGAGCCCCCAAUAAAAGUUUCUGAAAUGAAAAAUCAUACUUCAAUUGUUUAACACAAACUAGUUAAAGGUGUUCAAUAACUUUUGAAAAGUUCUUUGACAACAGCAGGUUUUUUUAACUUCAUGGUGUGAGAGAUGAGUCAUUAUGUGCUUUCUAAUGCUUUCUGAUAAAUUCCAAGUCUAAACAACCUCUUUUGCCUCAAGGUUACAGCACCUCCCACAGACUGGAAUGUGUCACUACAACUCUGUGACAGUUUACAAUAACAUUUUUGUGCUCAACGUAACAUCUAUUAUUUAACAUCAACCUACUGAUCGGAUUUCCAGUAACAGCCCUGCAGUUACAUGUCAGCUAACCUACUAUGUCCCUCCUAGCUAAUGAUAGCCUAGCAAAAUUAUUAUUUAAUUAUUAGCAUCUGCUCAUCAGCUUAAUCUUACUUGUGUCUACACUAUAUCUACACACAAUUGAUAAAACUGUCACUGUUGUAACUAUAA